AUGCCACGCCUCACAAAUGUGCAGCAUGAACGUGCCGUCAGGAUGUUGCAGAAACGGAAUGUUUGCAGAAAAGGAAUGUUUGCGGAAACGUCAGUAGCUGACGUUGCAAGGGCGUUGGGUUACAGUCAAUGGGUAAUUUAUGAUCUGCGGGCACGAGUACAACAAACGAGCAUCACAGCUGAUCGCCCACGACCGGGUAGACCACGUAUGACGUCACAGGCAGAUGACCGUCAUAUUGUGUUACGUUACCUCCGGAACCAUUUCAUGUCAGCUACAGCAAAAAGUAAUGAACUUUUCAGACGUCGGGUGUCCACGCAAACGAUCCGAAAUCGGCUGCGAACCGCUCACCUCCACGCACGGCGCCCAUAUGUUGGAACCAUUUUGACCAAAUUUAAUCGACGUCAACGUCAACAGUGGGCACAACGCCAUUUGCGAUGGACUGGAGUCGUGUUUUGCGAUGAAUCAAGAUUUACACUGCGAUAUGUCGAUGGCAGGAAGAGGAUUUGGAGACGAUGUGGUGAACGUCAUGCUCAGUGUUCGGAGGCGGACGUUUGA